UGUUCAGGACUAGCGCAAAUAUAUUUUGCGUCGAUAUACCAGAGGACCACAACAUAUCAUUAAUUCUUGUAAUUUGUGCGGUCUUGUGGAGAAGAACAUUGGUUUAUGUGGAUGUCACUUUGUUCCCCUGAUUGUAACUGCUGGAAGAGUGGACGGCUGCUAGCUUCCAGAGCGCUCGCUGUCAGAACCGCGGGGCUGCGCAUUGACAGAUGACGGGGGCGCGCUUCAACAUCGGAAAAUGUGACACACCGUCCAUGCAGGAGAUGAUGUGAACUCUGACCUCUGGCGGUUGGUGUACUGAUGAUGACGAAGCUAACCGUACUAAACUUUUGACCCAUCCAACUGCCUCUGAACAGGUCCAAGCACCACCAUGCCUCAGCCAGGUAGCAGUGGGAUGGAGCCUGUCUUUGGUGAGGCCUAUGGGACCAACGGGUUAUCUGUGACCUUAGAGCCAUUCACCAUCUCUCCUACAGGGGGCAGUGCAGAGUCAGACAACUGUCCUAAGGGUGUGGUGGUGAUGUUGGGGGCCCCAGCCCUGUCCCUGUGUCGAGGCCAGCAGCCUGGAUGUGAGCUACUCAGUGAUCUCUUGGAGGAUGUGAUCACUGACGACACACACACCUCCGAGCGUCGCUGGGACAUCUCGGCCCUGGAUGACAUCACACACUACGCCAAAGGCAGCCCAGAGGGGCCACCACCGAGCUGCGAGUGCUCCUUCGUCUCACCUGAGGGAGGCAGAGAAAAACCAUGGUUAUCCCUAAGACCAGAUGACAGGCAGCCGAGGAACCCCACAGACCUCACACCCUGUGUAGGGUUGGGGGCUGGACACCUCCUCCUGGCUGGUAGAUUCCCGGAGUCCUGGAGCCAAGAGGCUGGAGGGCGGGAGAGUGAAGCUAGGGAAGGGCUGCAGCAGGUGGGGCAGGAAGAGAUGGUGCAUAACUACUCUCUACAGAGUGAGCCAGACACUGAGUCUAGUCAAGGAACAGACAGCGAUAUUGAAGAGGAGAAGGAGGAAGAGGGGAAAGAGGAAGAGGAGAAGGGGACAGACGCCAUGGAGGAAGAGAAAGGGAAGGAAGAGGAGGAGCUUCAGUCCCAUAAGAGACAAAAGAAACGCCGGCGUUACUGGGAAUGUAGCCUCUUCAGUGAGGCAGACCUGGGGAGAGAUGGAGAGAAAGAGAGAUUGAGAGCCAAAUGGAGAGAUGGAGAAAAAGAUAGACGGAGAGCCGAAGAGAGAUAUGAAGAAAGAGAUGAAGAUAAAUAUGAAGGGGAUAUAAUCUGUGGCCCUAGCACCCUACCCACCACCAUGUGCCUGAAAGAGGGGACCUCCACCAAUGGUAAGCGAGGCCAGAGAAAAGCCCGUCGUACAGAUGCCAGUGACCUGACCCCCAGCCCUGGGAAGCUACAGAGCUUGGGAGAGCAGCUCCAUACACUCAGCUCUGCUCUGGAGGGCCUGACUCCUGUCAGUGACCUGCCUGUUACUGCCAGGACCCCAACACGAAAGGAGAGGAACAAACUGGCCUCCAGAGCGUGUCGGCUGAAGAAGAAAGCCCAGCAUGAGGCCAACAAAAUCAAACUGUGGGGUCUGAACCAGGAGUAUGAUGGCCUGUUGUGGGCAGUGCUGCAGAUAAAGGAGCUGAUCCGCCAGAGAGUGGAGAGCAGAGAGGAAGACACAGAGAGAGGAUGUCUGAGAGAGAGACUGGAGGACAUUCUGAAGGAAUCAGCUGGGCCACGUGUAGCAGGACGAGGCAAAGCGUUUGUGGAGAGGAUCUUGAAGAACCCUGCCCGGGGACAGAGCACCAGAGAGACUAAGGGAGAAGGAGGGUCAUCAGACCCUAGCCACUAACCUCUUCUCCCCACCAGAGUCACUAUCCCGCCCCUUCUUGCUUCACUUUGCACUUUCUAACAUGGAGAGAAGGUAGGAUAGGCAGGCAGGCAGACAGACAGAUAGAGAGCAUCUGCUGUGCCUCUAGCUGUUACAGUAUAGCUGAUGAGUGUCUCCGAACAUUAACGUUUGGCAUGUUUGUUUAAGAUUGUGUGUGUAAGGGAGGAAGUGUGCAUAAUUCCAGUGUAUCUAUUGCAUUAUGUACUAUAGUAUAUACCAUCGUGCCUAAAGGAGGACACUGUGUGCUGCUAGCUAGUCGUAGUUAUACACUAUAAUGGAAGAACAGGGAGAGGAGUGACAGUGAGUAUGGUGCUUAUAACAGUGGACAUGAUGACUAAGCUGUUUAUCUUGACGUCCAUUUUGAAUUGUACUGUAAACCAAAUGUGCAUAGAUAAACAGGCAGACAGGGGGAAGGACUUUGGCAUCACGUGAAUGUUGCACAGUGCUUCUCAAAGAUGCUGAAUGCUGCUUGCAUGGUCGUUUUAUAUGUCUCUGCAUUCCUUACAAAGUAAAUUAUGUUUCUCUACAGAUCCUCUUUAAAACUGAUGUCAUAAUGUACUGUACUUCUCUACAGAGGAACCUGUGUAGAGGAUAAAAAUAACCUUAAACCAGGGAAACUCCCGUCCUCAGGAGGGCCCUGUGUUUUCUGGUUUAUUUUCUUCCUGCAAAUCAGUGACUGGACUGCUACCUGGGAAACCUGGCCCCAUGUUCACAAAGAGUCUCUGAGUGCUGAUCUAGGAUCAGUAGAUCAUAAUUAAUAGGAUUACAUGGACAGGGGGGGACCUAAUCCUAGAUCAGCAUUCCUUCCCUGAGACACUUUUUUAACAUGGGCCCAGGCGUGUCUUCUCUCGGCAAUGAGUGAUUAAGUGCCACAGGGAGAAGAGAGAACAGCACUGCACCCCUGAUUACCAUAGUUGUCCAUCCAUGUCCUAAACCCACAGUACUGUAACUGUUAGAGAGAUCCACAUCAAUGGUUUCAAAGCUGAUUAAUAUAUUUCAUAUAUCUGAUUAAUCUAUCUGAUUUUUCAUCUGAUUCAUCUAUAUAGGUCCACUGUGCUUUUUGUAGCCUGUGCCUUUGAAUGGUCUUUGAGAGCAAUAUAUUAAUACGCACACCACCACAUCUCUCUCUGCUUCUCUUUGUGCUGCUGAGAAUAUAGAAAACACAAUUCAUUCAGAGACAACAAAUACCCUCCCAUACAAACCUGAACGUUUACUAUUCUCUCAUUUGCAAAAUGGCCAAUGUGAUUUUUGAGAGGAAAGGUGUAGUGUGGCCAUUCGGUCAGUAUAGUCCCUAUAAUCCCAGGCCUGUAUUCAUAAAGCAUCUUAAAAUGCUGAUCUAUGAUAAUUUUAGAUCAUGAUGAAUAAGAUUACCUGGACGAGGGGGACCUGAUCCUAGAUCAGCUUUUAUUUACAUUUAAGUCAAGCUAGCUAGAUGUGACACUCCUACUCUAGGACUCUUUAUGGAUAUGGACCCAGAGCUUUACUUCACUCUAAGUCCUGUCAUUGCACUUCAUGUACUUGAAUGUAGGAGCACAGUAGUCUAUUUACUUGAAAGAUGGAGCACAUUGAGAAAUACAAGGCCCUGCUUCAGUAUAUUAUUGACACAGCAGGGGUCAUGAACUGCCCAGCCACAGAUCUUGGCAAUAAUCCUCAAUUGGAUGGACGAGUGACCAUAUCCUCAAUUAAUCCCCAACAAUAAUGGAACUGCUCAUAAAAGUAUUAUGUCUUAACAUGCGUGCACAAACACACACAUGAAAAUAAGUGAUACAAAAAAAUAACAUGUCAUAUAGAUGAUCAUAACUAAUAAUUGAGAAGUUUGCACAUUUAUUGAAUUUAUAGAUUUUGAAGAAGUGCUGUAUAUCAUGAUCAAGGGAACAGAUUUGUCUGGGAAAUUAACAUGUAUGGAGUUAUAGGCCGUAACAGACCAGGCCAUAACAGACCAGGCCUUAACAUACCAGUUAUAGGCCUUAACAGACCAGUUAUAAGCCUUAACAGACCAGGACUUAAAAGCCCAGGCCUUAACAGACCAGUUAUCAGCCUUAACAGACCAGGACUUAAAAUCCCAGGCCUUAACAGACCAGUUAUAGGCCUUAACAGACCAGGCCUUAACAGACCAGUUAUAGGUCUUAACAGACCAGUUAUAGGCCUUAACAGACCAGGCCGUAACAGACCAGUUAUAGACCUUAGCAGACCAGUUAUAGGCAUCAGCAGACCAGUUAUAGGCCUCAGCAGACCAGUUAUAGGCCUCAGCAGACCAGUUAUAGAACUUAGCAGACCAGUUAUAGGCCUCAGCAGACCAGUUAUAGGCCUUAGCAGACCAGUUAUAGGCCUCAGCAGACCAGUUAUAGGCCUCAGCAGACCAGUUAUAGGCCUCAGCAGACCAGUUAUAGGCCUCAGCAGACCAGUUAUAGGCCUCAGCAGACCAGUUAUAGGCCUCAGCAGACCAGUUAUAGAACUUAGCAGACCAGUUAUAGGCCUCAGCAGACCAGUUAUAGGCCUCAGCAGACCAGUUAUAGGCCUCAGCAGACCAGUUAUAGACCUCAGCAGACCAGUUAUAGGCCUUAACAGACCAGGCCUUAACAGACCAGUUAUCAGCCUUAACAGACCAGGCCUUAACAGACCAGUUAUAGGUCUUAACAGACCAGUUAUAGGCCUCAGCAGACUAGUUAUAGGCCUCAGCAGACUAGUUAUAGGCCUCAGCAGACCAGUUAUAGGCCUCAGCAGACCAGUUAUAGGCCUCAGCAGACCAGUUAUAGGCCUCAGCAGACCAGUUAUAGGCCUCAGCAGACCAGUUAUAGGCCUCAGCAGACCAGUUAUAGGCCUCAGCAGACCAGUU